GUCGUCGUCGGCAGCAGCAGCAGCAGCAGCAGCGCCGCCCUGUAGAGAGAGAGAGAGAGAGAGAGAGAGAGAGAGAGAGAGACACCCCCUCCCCACCUAACAACAACCCCAACCCCGCAGGCUCGAGCGCACCGACCCCACCUCCCAACCCCCUCUGAGCGAGGGGACGGUGCGAGACACACGCUCAGAGUCACGGAGAGAAGCGCGUCUCUGGAUCCCGGCUCCGUUCUGCCCUCAAUCCGGGGCCUAAUGCUGUAGCGGACCGCGCAGAGGAGCGAGUGACAGAGACAUCGCGCUUAUCGAGAGUCUGCGAGGGACAGGGCGGACCGGGGCGACGAGACGGGAUUGUUCACUCGCCUGGAAACAUGGGAUGUACACUGAGCGCCGAGGAGCGCGCCGCUCUGGACCGGAGCAAGGCCAUCGAGAAGAACCUGAAGGAGGACGGGGUGGUGGCCGCCAAGGACGUCAAGCUGCUCCUGCUCGGCGGCGGCGAGUCCGGCAAAAGCACCAUCGUCAAACAGAUGAAGAUUAUCCAUGAAGAUGGCUUUUCUGGGGAUGACGUGAAGCAGUAUAAGCCCGUGGUCUACAGCAACACCAUCCAGAGCUUGGCUGCCAUCCUCCGAGCAAUGGACUCACUGGGCAUUGAGUUUGGGGACAAGGAUAGAAAAGCCGAUGCUAAGCUGGUGUGUGAUGUGGUCAGUCGUAUGGAGGACACAGAGCCGUACUCCGCAGAGCUUCUUACGGCUAUGAAGCGCGUAUGGGCCGACGCUGGGACUCAGGAGUGCUUCAAUCGUGCCCGGGAAUACCAGCUUAAUGACUCUGCACAAUACUACCUGGACAGUCUAGACCGCAUUGGGGCAGGGGACUACCAGCCCACAGAGCAGGACAUCCUGAGAACCCGAGUGAAGACCACCGGUAUCGUUGAAACCCACUUCACCUUCAAGAACCUCCAUUUCAGGCUGUUUGACGUGGGAGGUCAGAGGUCAGAGAGGAAGAAGUGGAUCCACUGCUUUGAAGACGUUACUGCCAUUAUCUUCUGUGUUGCUAUGAGCGGAUACGACCAGGUGCUCCAUGAAGAUGAAACAACUAACCGCAUGCAUGAGUCGCUCAUGCUCUUUGACUCCAUCUGUAAUAACAAGUUCUUCAUCGACACCUCCAUCAUCCUCUUCCUCAACAAGAAGGAUCUGUUCGCCGAGAAGAUCAAGAAGUCGCCGCUGACGAUCUGUUUUCCAGAAUACACAGGUGCUAAUACUUACGACGAUGCUACUGCAUAUAUCCAGGUUCAGUUUGAGAGUAAGAACCGCUCUCCCAAUAAGGAGAUCUACUGUCACCUGACCUGCGCCACAGACACAGGAAACAUCCAGGUAGUGUUUGAUGCCGUCACCGACAUCAUUAUCGCAAACAACCUUAGAGGAUGUGGCUUAUACUGAGGCCUGGCCAAGCACAGAGGUUGUCAUGGAGAGUAUGAGGUGUUAAUAAUGAUAAUUUUGAUGAUACUUAAACACAUAAAUAUGUAAUUCUACACGUCCAAACGGACCCAAAGAGCUGCCGUCAGACACCACACUGGAUUAUUGCCAUGAUUUCUUCCCUUCGUCUCAUUUUGUUUUCAGUAUACAACCCCAGUUUUGUCAUAUCAAAAUGUGUUUUUUGAGCUGAAUGUUUCACGUUUUGUUGACGAAUUUGCCAACAACUGGGAAGACAGAAGACGCAACACCAGGGGUUUUUUCAGCCCGAGUCUUGUUUUGCAAAAGCUCAGCCUAGAAAAUACACCAUGAGCGGCGUGCAAUAUCAUUUUUAAGCACAAUGUGGAAUAUUGUCUCAUUCUUUUAUGUAAUAUUUAUUUGGGAAAGUCUCGAAGGCAUUUACAUCUGUACUGAAUACAACCUCUGGUGCUCCGUCGAGCUGCCGUGUGUGAAGGUGGAGAUGUUGAUUAUGAUGUUGGGGAGGUGCUGUACUCGUGGCUGAGGGUUGUGGCUGGAAAGAAGGAGGCUAUUUUCACUUUCAGAUGGGACAAAGCUCCCUGCUCCUUCAGCACCACACAUGACUGAGUAGCCUGCAGGUCUGUUCCACUCUCUGUUUUCUCUUUUACUCAAAACAUAAUGAGAGGAUUCUUCUGCUCAGAGUGGCUGCCCAUUUCCAUUGGCCUCCUAUAGAAUGAGGAAACACUAGUCAGCCAAUGAAAUCUAAAAAAAAAAAAAAAAGAAGAAAAAAGUAAUAUCUGUGCCAACCAUCUGAGAAUGGCGGGGGGAGGGUUGGGAUAAGAAAUCACAGCUCACACAUUCAACUAUUACUAUUUAAGUAACACAACAUAUUAUUGUCAUCGAAUAAUUAAAUUAAACCUCAUGCCCGACAUGCCUCCUCCUACCUCCUGAAAUCCUGUGCCACAUAUUUAUUUCCUGUCAAAAACACUGAUACUGGUCUACGGUUCAGAGGGUAGAAAGCAGCCCUCCAAUGACAUCUUGUUCUCUGUGUGGUGCUUUACCCUUUGGUGUGAAUCUGUGUAGAAAUAGAAGACUGCACAUUGAGAACAAUAUUAUUUGAGGCAGCCUCUUUCUGGGGAGUUGGGAUUUCGUUUUUUCUUUUUUUAACCCUUCUCUCCCCUGAUCUGUAAACAGGGAACCACUAUCCUGUCACGUUCCUCUUCUCACAGAGGAAAAGUACAGCUCUCCAUUUUCACCUGUGCACCCAGGAAUUCUUCCUCCCAUCCCUGUAUACUCUUACCUAUCACAUAUCAGUCCCCAUCUCCUAUCUUCACCUUAAAAGCACCGUACUGUAUAUAUAUAUAUUAUGAUUAUACCAGAUUUUUUUUUUUACUGUGAAUGUUUUUGUGCUGCACCCCAUCCUAUUCGGUAGUUUAUUGGUUGCUCUCAUGUGGAAUGUUUGUGCUGAGCCAAUCGAAUGUUGUGUUUACAUUAAAGCCACACUUUUCCUAACGA